AUUUUUGACCGAAAAACAGCCAAGAGCCCAAUUUUCUUCGAUUUUUAGGGGCUUUCCGCAUGAAAUGUAAGUGAAAUACCCGGAAAAGAGCUUGAUUUUGCCGAGUGUUUUGUGUCAGUGUGUUUUCCAUCCAAAAAUCCCGUGUAAAGUGCCGUUUAACGUGAAAAGAGGAGUCAUCAGGCAACGACGAAGCGACGAAAAAAAUCAAAACACAAGAUUUGUUGAUUAAAUAAUACCAGAUUUCCCGUGAAAAUGGAGGAUAUUACAGCUUGGUGUCGCGAAAACAACACGAUGAAUGUGCGUUUGUGGCUCGACGAUACCGAACACGAUCCAAAUGUGGGAGACGAUCAUGGAUUUAGCCCGCUGCAUUGGUGCGCAAAGGAAGGACAUCUCAAACUCGUUGAGAUGUUUCUUUCGCGCGGUGCUCGCGUAAACGCAACCAAUAUGGGUGAUGACAUUCCGCUACAUUUAGCUGCGGCUCAUGGUCAUUUGGAAGUUGUACAAAUGCUUAUUCGUCAUCGUUCCGACGUAAAUGCGUUAAAUGAACAUGGAAAUUCGCCAUUGCAUUACGCUUGCUUUUGGGGUUACACGGAAAUCGCAAAGGAAUUGAUCAAUCACGGUUCGUUGGUGUCUCUUGCGAACAAAGAUGGCGACACUCCUUUGGAUAAAGCGAAGCCAGCUCUCGCCACAGAAUUGCAUAAACUUGCGGUCGAAACAGGACAAGAGUUGCGAAAAAUUUCGUUCAAAGAUCAAAGUUGGUCCUCGAAAACACGCACAAAGGAUGCCACGUUGUCCCGUUUCAAGGGAAUCAACAUCCAAGACUUGACGUUGCAACGUAAACUUGCGAUUUCUCCCUCCGGCGAGUCGUGGCGAGGACGUUGGCAAAACAACGAUAUCGUUGCGAAGAUUCUCAAUGUUCGUGAUUGCACCGCACGUGCUUCUCGUGACUUCAAUGAAGAAUUUCCGAAGCUGCGGAUCUUUUCGCACCCCAAUAUUCUGCCCGUGCUCGGUUGUUGCAACGCUCCGCCGCAGCUAAUUGUCAUCACGCAGUACAUGCCGCGCGGCUCUCUCCAUGAAUUGCUUCACUCUGGCGGCGGUAUUGUAGUGGAUACAGCGCAAGCCGUUCGAUUUGCCGUCGACAUCGCCAAAGGAAUGCAGUUCUUACAUUCACUCGAACGAAUCAUACCCGAAUUUCAUCUCAAUAGCUAUCACAUUAUGAUUGACGACGAUUUGACAGCCCGUUUGAAUAUGGGCGAUGCCAAAUUCUCGUUCCAAGAACGGGGUCGUUGCUAUCAACCGGCCUGGAUGUCGCCCGAGUCAUUGCUGAAGAAACGCGGCGAUCGUAAUUGGGAGGCAAGCGAUAUGUGGAGUUUCGCUGUGUGCCUUUGGGAACUUGCGACACGCGAAAUCCCCUUUGCUGAUUUGUCACCGAUGGAAUGCGGCAUGCGAAUUGCGUGUGAAGGACUCCGAUUGGAAAUUCCUCGUGGUACAGCGCCGUAUCUCGCCAAGAUGAUUCGCAUUUGCAUGAAUGAAGAUCCCGGAAAACGACCUCGUUUCGACAUGAUUGUGCCAAUUUUGGAGAAAAUGAAACGUUAAGUGCGCGAUUUUUCAUUCGGAAGACAAUUUUUAGUCAGUGUGCCUUUAAUAACUUCUAAUUUUUCGUUCAACGUGUAAGAUAAUAAUUGAAUUUAAUUUUAUUAACAAACGUAAUAAUUAUUUUAUGUCACGAGAGAAUUUUUUUUAACGUUGUUUACACACAAAAAUUUUAUCGCAAUGAAUCAUGAUGAUGCACAAUAUACACAAAAUUAAGUGAAAUAUCGAAAACUGAAAUGGAAAACUGCCAAAAACGCAACAUCUGUGACAAAACUUUCAAUUUUCAUCAAUUUGGCGGUGAAAUCGCAACAGCAAGUGAUCGCACACUCAUUUUUUUAACAACAAAAUGAAUAAAUUUAUGGAAUCAACACGAGAUUUCCCCGAAUUUCUCGUCAGAUUGUAAAUAUUCAUUCACCAAUAUUUGAAAUUUCCAUUAAUUUCUGCUCUUAAAGCUACAAAAAUCGGUUCAAAAGGCAAGUUUCGUUCUGUUUGUCAAAGUUCUUGGUCGUUCAGUGACUCACGGAUCGCUUCAACAUCCAACUUGUCUUUCAAAAACGACUUUUUGUAACUUUAAAAGCAGAAAAAUAAGGAAUCAGGAACAAAAAAAAAUACUAACAAAACAUUUUUCGCUGCAUGUUUCAACAAUAAAAUCUUCAAAAAAAGGUUCGAACGUUUAAAAAUUCCCUCGGUUUCUAAAUUUUUAACGUUGUUCCUCAUUCAAGAAAUGCAUAAGAGGACCAAAUUCCAUCCGUCGAACUCGAUUUUUGAAAUUUUUGUUGUUGAAAGUGCUCGAAAAAUGUUUGCUUCGAAAAAAUGUAACAAGAAAAAAAUCUCAUGUGGUCCAAAGAUAAUUGUCGAACAACAUCUCGAACAAAAAAACCAUCUGAAUUGUAGCAAAUAAGUGAAAUGCAUGAGAUAUUUCUAAUUACAAUUAAUCCGCUUACUUUUUCUAACAUAACAUAGUUUAAAUACGUUUCCUGAUUCCGAGAAGUUUACAAAAAAAAAAUUAUUUUUAGAAUAGCUUGUUUUUUAUUAUUUUUUUAAUUUUAUUUUAUCGAGUUGCAGUUUUUAUGUAUUAACGAAUUUUUUUUCACAAAUUUUCGUUAAUCUGUGCCUCGAUGAAGCCCUGUGUGAAGUUUUAUUUUGUGCGAUCAUUUUUGAGAUUUUCCAUUUUUCUUGAAAUAUUUCACUUUUCGCCAAAAAAAAUCGUGCCUUAAUGUUUCAAUCAAAAUUGUUAAUUUUUUUAAUCGUUUUUUAAAAAUUUUUUAAAAAAUUAUUUUAAUAUAAAUAUUUUUAAUCAUAAUUUAAUAAAAAAUUACAAAAAAUUUAAAAAAAAAAUUAAAGACUAACAUUACUCAGUAAGCAGAAGAAAAAUUCUCUCUCUCUAAUGAUACUAAUGAAAAUGUGUUAUCGGACACAGUUAACACAAACAAAUGUUUAUGAUAAUGAGAAAAAGUGUUCUUAAUUGUUAUGAUAAUAAUCUACUUGUAACAUGGAAAAUUUGAGGAAAAUGUGAAAAAAAUGCAUAUA